CUAAUCGUUUCGUUGUUUUUGCCGAUGGACAGCGAACUUCACUCACACCAGCGUCCGUCAGUGGACUCAUCCAACUCUCAUUAUUCCAAGGCAGCAGGUUUUGCUGCCGUAUGUGAUGUUGCUACGCCUCUAUCGACUCCACCACACACACCCACUUCAUCCGAGUUGAGCAAACACAGUUUCAAAUUUGAGCAACAACAGUCUAGCCCCACCGGCCAACACCACCGCUUGUCGCCAUCCAGCAGCCACAGAGCCAUGGAAGCCGCCGCUAAAUCUUUCCCAUUUUUCCUGCCAUUCGGUCUGACCGGCUUGGCUGGUAUGCCAUUGCCGGCUGGUAUGUCUCAUCUGGCAGUUCAUCAAUACGGAAUAAACAUGCGAGAGCCGUCGGCUUUCCGACCUGUCGCAUGCCCACCCAACCGCUCAUCAGAAGCGGCCGCCACCUUUUCUACUCCGGCAAAUAUGGGUCCAUCCGUACCUGCUGGAUCACCGGCGGAAGCCAACAACUCUUCUUCGGCUCGUUCUCCAUCGGUCGAAUCUGAUUUAGCUCGUGAUUACUCCAUGAAGAAGCGACCGGCUCCUUGUGACUCGUUCAGUUCAAAAGAUCAAGGACCUGUUGCUCUUCCUCAGCCAGGCCGUCAACAGGCUUUCCUGCCACCUCAUCACAACCCACAAGCCAUGCUUGAAGCUGCCGCUAUGCUCCAAGGCCUACAGUCGCGCAUCGACUUGGCCCAGUUGGCCGCUCAUGCAGCCAAGAACGCGAAACAGCAACAAGACGGUGGAGUGAAUUCCGGACCGGCUCCAGCUAACAACGGACAACAGGAUGCCUCCUCCGCUGCUCAACAAGCCGCUCUUCGUGGUCUUCAAAACUAUUACGGACUCCAGAACAUCCCUCUAUUGAUGGGCCCACGGCUCCGUGCCAGUAACCUCCCGCCUUUUUACCCUGGACAGUAUGAUCCUCGUCUCUUCCGUGGACCCGGCCGCGCAUCUCGACCCAAGAAGCAAUUCAUCUGCAAGUUCUGCAAUCGCCAGUUCACCAAAUCCUACAAUUUGCUCAUCCACGAGCGGACUCACACCGACGAACGGCCAUACUCUUGCGACAUUUGCGGCAAGGCCUUCCGUCGUCAGGAUCAUCUCCGUGACCACCGGUAA